GAAAAUUGCGACCAGUAAACUUUCUUCUCUCAAGCCAUCUAUAGGUGUAUCGCAAUGAAGUUUACGAUACUAGCCGCCUCCUUGGCUGUGGUGUUUACGGCGGCUUUGGCACUGGACACCAAAAGCGAAUCUCCGGCCGCCGCCGCCGCUGUUGCCGCCAGCAACGACCAACCGAAGAACCUGCCGCAAACACCUGCCGAAGACCGGGCCGAAUGGGCGGGAACAGUUGUCCGAAAGGUAGAGAAACGUCACACCGGCAAGAAGAUUCACAUCUUCCUGGGCGGCAAACCGAGUAAGGGCAAAAAGUCGAAGAAACCAAACCCGGACUACGAAACCGCGGAGACGCAAACGCGCAAAACGCCGGAGCUGACCACUCGUUCCGACAAGGCGGAGGAUGAUACGAGCACGGCGGCGUCUUCGAACGCAUCGGAUGCAGUCGUUGGCGAAAGUCAACACUAUGAAGUUCCCGAACAUAAUAUCGUGAAGGAGAAGGUCAAGAUCAAGCAUCACCACCAUCAUCAUCACCAUAAUCAUAUCAAAACGGUCGUCAAGAAGGAACCGUACCCGGUGGAAAAGGUGGUUCAAGUGCCGGUCGAAAAGAUAGUUCACGUGCCCAAACCGUAUCCGGUAGAAAAAGUCGUCGAAAAGGUCGUGCACGUACCAGUGGAAAAGAUUGUCCAUGUGCCGAAACCGUACCCGGUGGAGAAAGUUGUGGAAAAAAUCGUCCAUGUGCCUAAGCCGUACCCGGUAGAGAAGAUUGUUGAAAAGCCAGUUCAUAUUGCAAAGCCCUAUCCCGUCGAGGUCAAGGUUCCAUAUCCGGUAGAAAAAAUUGUCCACGUUGACAAACCAUACCCAGUGGAGAAAAUUGUUGAGAAAAUAGUCCAUGUCCCUAAACCGUACCCUGUUUACAAACAAGUUCCGGUCCCAGUCGAGGUCAAGGUUCCAUACGAAGUUCCGAAGCCUGUGCCUUAUCCAGUUGAAAAGAAGGUACCUUAUCCCGUUGAAGUGAAAGUCCCAGUAGAAGUAGAGAAGAAGAUUCCUGUACCGUAUAAGGUCGAAGUAGAAAAGAAGGUUCCAGUUCCAGUGAAAGUAUACGUUCCAGUUGAGAAAAAGGUUCCAUUCCCCGUUCCUGUUAAGACUUCUUCCUAUUCCUAUGCGGAUUACUCCGGAACGAGGCUACACCCAUUCGAAUCACAACAGCACGAGGUUAAGCACUACGGAGAUGAAUACUCCAACGGCGAGGAGAGUUACCGAAGAACAACCAAAACCACCUACAAGAAGAACAAACUAAAGAAGAAGAAGAACGAAGGCUACCGACACCAGGAAUCGCACCAAUCAGCGCCAGUAUCUGAAGACAGCCACGACAGUCAAACGGCACAGGGACCGUAUCUUGCUAGCUCCUCUAGCGCGGAAAAUUCGCAGCAACAGCAAAACGGUGCUCAAUACUCACAAACGACAAUCUUCACGCACCCUUCAUCAAAUAACCAACAGCAACAGCAAGCACAAGAUCCGCAGCAGUACAAUAGCCAGGAGAGUAGUAACUUCUUCAAUCAACAAUUGCUUCAGUAUAGCCAGCAACCUAAAUACGGCCCCCAGAUGUUCACACAGCAGAACGAUUACCAGGGGCAAGCAACUAGUAGCGAAGCGCAUCAAUUUGGCCAGGUCGAUCACUACGGUUCGGGAAGCUCCCAACAGGAAGUGAUUGCGACACCACAACCACCGUCGGGUGCUGCAGCCCAUCUCGCGUAUGACCUCUCGCAGGCAGCAAUGCCUCAAGCUUUUGCUUUGACGGCGCCAACCAAUCCGGGGACUGCCUUACAGUUCGAAGGUCAACCACAACCGUUCCAGCUUCUACAGCUAGCGCCCUUCCAGUAUCAGACUCCAACAGGAUUCUCUCUGCCCACCGCUCGAUAAGCAACGGGCAUCUAGCAAUUCACUUGCACAAACAAAACCAAACACUCGAGUCACUUUUGCAGUAGUUGUGACUCGUUCCGACAAGACUGUGAAACCAAAAAACCCCAACUUUGUUCACCGUUACCAAAGUUCCGAAGGCUGACCGGUCUUCGGAAAACUUAUUUAUAAGCACCAUUGUUGGUCCCAAGAUUAUUCGCGAAAAUUGUCUAGUUUCAAAAGCCACAAAAAAACAGUAAUUGUAAAACAGUGAUCACUGUUUUUCAAUAUUUUGUUCUAAAUAUCUUUAGAUCGUAAGUUUUCUGUUGAGUCAGGGGCUGGAGUCAGGAGCGUUUUAUUAGUAGUGACAUCGGCCAUUGCUUCGACGAAACAAUGGUCUCGAAUACCGCGGAAGCUCGUCGAUGCACUGGCCGAUUUCAGCAUUGUUUUAGCUGUUUUAAAUAUUUGUUAGAAACCAAUCGAAGCUCAUUAUGUAAGCGUGAUAUUAAGUUUAAUAGUAAACUUCUCUCGAUUUGUUGGACGGAAAUGUCGUUUGAGAUGAUAGGCAGCCUAGGAAUGAGACGGUACGAGAAAAGCAAUACAUUUUGUACAUAAUUUACUUCCUUCUAUUGAAGAAACUAUUUUGUGGUAAGGCAGAUUGAUGCUAAUAGUUGCAAAUACAUACAAUUAUCGAAAAGAACUGCUCU